GUCGGGUUCGGGUUGCAAUUUAUUCACACAAUAUGUUGAAUGUGACGGAGGAUGGCAAAACAUCACCAGAAUUCCUUGACAUCUUAUAUUCGUUUGCAAACGAAGAUAAUAACGAAAAAGAUCCAUCGAUAAGUAGAAGACCAGUAUGCCCUAGAUGUUGUCGUCCAGUGGCUGUAUGUUUGUGUCCAUAUUUACCGGAAAGUCCAGUGUCUAUAGAAACCAAUGUUUUUAUCCUACAACAUCCUCUUGAGGAAAGCAGAAACUUGGCCACAGUUCCAAUUUUAUGUGAAUGUUUACCAUCAGAAAAAGUCCAAAUCAUCAAAGGAAAAAAAUUCUCACCUCGCAGACACCCAAAGGUAGCUGAAAUUCUUAAAAGUCCCAACACUCUCCUGUUGUUCCCUGACUCUGAGGCCGCUGACAUUGAAACUAUCCCCCCAGCACCAGAUGGCCAGCCAUACAACCUUGUUCUCUUAGAUGGUACUUGGGGGCAGGCCAAAGGCAUGUUCCUACAUAAUGAGGUGUUCUCAUGGCCAAAAAAGAUAAAACUGAAUCAUAGCUGUAAGAGUAAGUUUGUGAUUCGUACUCAACCGAAUGACAUGUCAUUAUCAACACUAGAAUCAACAGCCAUAGCACUUGCAGCACUGGAGAGAAAGCCAGAUAUUGUGAAUAUUCUGACACGUCCUUUGGAAGCUCUUUGUGAUUUCCAAAUUCAACAUGGAGCCUGCAAACAUGACAGCAAAGUAUUCAAAAUAGAAAAUGGACUCUGGAAUAAGACUUUAAAAAAGAAAUACUUAAAAAGGCUAGAAAAGGAUGGGACAUUAGAAUCUCCACAAAUUCCAAAUUCUGAAGAACAGUCAUCUUGACAAUAGCUACAGUUUAGAACAAAAUAUAAAAAUUAUAAAUAGACAUUUAUCACAAGUUACAGUUUAUGUACGAAGCAAGGGACAUGCUGUUAUGUUCACAUUGCAGUAAAAAUAAGAGAACAAAUUGCAGAGUAAAUUUAGUUUUUCCAUCUUCUUUUCAGCAAUGAUUAUAAAUUGUCUUCCAUGUAUCACAAUUCCGUAUUUCUAACACUGA